ACGCACGCUCGCCCCAGCACUCGCCAUGUCUGAGUCUGACCUCUCCAGCAAAUACGUCCUUCAGACCGCCGGGUUCGACGCCCGUUUCCCCAACACCAACCAGACCCGUCACUGCUUCCAGAACUACACGGACUACUUCAAGUGCAUCGCCGCCAAGGGCGAGGACUACGCGCCUUGCAAGCAGUUCAAGCGCGCCUACAACUCACUGUGCCCCAACGAAUGGAUCAACAAGUGGGAUGAGCAGCGCGAGAACGGUACCUUCCCCGCUUCCCUCGAGCCCUGAGAGCUGGUCCGAAAGCUAGAUCUACGGAACAUCGUGUCUGCUACGAGGGACCAGAGAGCCCGUAAUCGUAAUCCUGUCCUCGUCAUUCGCAUGUAUGCCAAGUCAUGGUGUCCCGCACGCCUCGUCCAAUGAUGUGCACCGCAUAUCACCAUAUUAUAUGCAUCAA